AUGGCUCCCACAGUGGUAUACAACGGGAUCCAAAACGAUCAGCCAAAUGCAGAGGCACUAUUCACAGGCCAGAAGAUCUGGUUCUCAAGCACAGUACCACAAAGAACUCGAUUCAUUGAAUUUGUCAAAGUCAAUGGAGGCGAGGUCGUGCAGCUCGAAAAGCAGGCCGACAUCUGUCUGUACGAUCAUGCGCGGAAGAACCCUCCUCCAGGAAUGUAUUCCUACCGAUAUGUCGAGUAUUCCGUAAGGAAAGGACAACUUGAAGAUCUCGAGGCUCAUAAAAUUGGCGGUUUGAGUAGUAGAGCUGCGAGGCCUGUUGGAAGCGUCACUUUGGCCUCAAAAGGCGCCAGGACUACUUUCACGGAGGCAGAUGAUCAGAUGCUAUGGGACUGGCUAAAACCCUACAAAGGAAUGAAAGGGUCUGCCGGGAAUGUUAUCUACCAGCAGCUCGAGGCAGCAAAUCCCAGGCAUACAUAUCAGAGCUGGAGGGAUCGGUGGCUAAAACAUGUGCAGUACCAGAACAGGGAUGCGAUGUCUAGCAAUAAAACGGGGCAGCAAGCUAUGGCACCUGGAGAGAAAAAGCCGUCCCUAACGAGGACCCCAUUGAAAGCAUUACGCAGCGGAAUCGAUGGUACUAGCGACUUCCCAAGAAUAGCUGUUGAAGUGCCUGUGAAAGAAUCACCAAAUCGCAAACGCGGUAGGCCGCCUAAGGUCCGGCAAGGAGGCUCGAAUGGCGACACUAUUCAUGUAGCCAGUCCAGUAACUACAACACAGUCGCCCACGCCUAUGAAAUCAAUGCGAAAGAGGAGUGAUAGUGGACCACAGUUAAAAAAGACGCCCAUAGCGAAACAGAAGAGUGACGCCGUAUCCUGGAAAUUCUCUAGGGAAGAGAGGAAUCUGCUUCUGGGUGCUGCGGAAGCCAUCCUUGAAGUACCUAAAGAUGAAUCUGGGCCAGCAUGGGAGCACAUGGCGGAAGUGCAUCGAUCUCACACUGCAGAGCAAUGGAAAACCUAUUUCCAUGAAGUCGUCGUACCAUAUUAUCACAAACAGCAGAAGAAGUCACAGGAACGAAAGAAAACGACGAGUAUCGACACUGCCAGUACAAACGGUCGACAGGGAGAAGGAGACACCAACAAGGCUCAAUCCACGAUGCGGAAGAAGGGGAAGAGCCAGAAUAUAGAGAUGUCUAGCGAGAAUGUCCGGCAGAAUAGGAAUGGAGAUACAGUGAGCACACCACCAAGACCGAGUCGUCGUCAGCGGAGUCCCUCUUUCACACCACAGUCUCCAGCAGACUGGAAGUCAGAGGCUGACGGAAGUCGGCAGGCGCCAAAUCAAUCACGAAAGAGAAGUCCAGCCAAAACCAAUUCGCAAGAGUCAGCCGGUUCGCCAAACCUUGGUAGCCCAGCCCAUAAAAGGCAACCCUUACGACGGAUCAGUGGAGUACAGCAGCAUGAAAGCGAGGACACAGAAUGGACACCCCUGCCAUCAGCCAAGCGACGCAAGCUGUCUCUGGCCGAUAAUCCGGUUCUUGAAAUCCCAUCAACCCCCGAGCACACCCAGGAGAGCGAAACUCUUGAAGAUCUACCGGGUACACCGACACCAAGAGCUCGGAAAAGGCCGCAUCACGAACUAGAGCGCUCUUUCUCACCCCUUUGCGUUUCUUCCGAUACUGCUGACGAAGAAGACAAUCUCCCAACCACUUCUGAUCGAACCCCUAGACGUAAAGAGACCAUGGACCCAGAAACCCGCACAAGUCCAAUCUCCGUGCACUUAGUCAGUGAUCACGAGCCAGGCAUCACAUCUAGUUUAUCUGGGGCGCGAGCCCAUAACGUCGACAUUGCUUCCAGCGGCUCACCAACCCCCGAAUUCGAAACCGCGCCAGACUUCUCCCAGAACCACGAAGACACUGACCAAGACGAGUUCGAAACCGCAGCAGAACAGCCGCAGGCCGUGCAGAAAAAAUCACAGCCGAGCACGCAGGCAUUGUUUUCCAACACCACCCAGCACGGCGAAGGUUCAUUUGAUUUCGGCCUCCCAGAUCCAGAAGGAGGCUGGGAGGCCAUGGACCCGGCCCCGAAUCUUGGUGAGCGGAGUAAUCGAGGAGAAAGGACGACAUCUCCAACCUCAAGCACGACCUCCACCUCCACCUCCGAUUUGGAUUUAGAUACCUGGGUGCAACUUCGCGUCUCCGAGGGCAAGAAUCUCAAACUUCUCGUCACAGCAGCCGAAGCGACGAAUCUGCAAAACACGCUGGCUGAUAGUGUGUAUGAGAGUCUGGAACGGGGUCGUGGUGUUCCUAGGGAUGUUAGAGGCGUGUGGACAAAGGAGGAUGAUGAGUUAUUGAUGGGGACUGAUGCAAGGGGGGUGGAAAGGGUGGAGCGGAAGCAUGGAGCGAGGAGUGUGGCGGAGAGGUGGGAGUGUUUGGCCAUAUGGCGGGACUAG